AUGGAGCAGCAUCAGAUACAGUUUUUACCUAAAGAUUCAUUAGAAAUAGACUAUGAAGCAUUGCCAGAAGAUGCGUCAUUAUCUGCUCAUCUAUGUGCUGGUGCUUUAGCAGGUAUAAUGGAACAUACCGUAAUGUUUCCAAUAGAUUCAAUUAAAACAAGAAUUCAAAUGAAUUUAUCAUCAAAAGAAAUAUCAAGGGGAUUAUUAAAAUCAAUAUCGAAAAUUUCAUCUACUGAAGGUUUCUAUGCAUUAUGGAAAGGCGUUUCAUCAGUUGUUUUGGGUGCUGGACCAGCUCAUGCUAUAUAUUUUUCAGUUUUUGAAUCUUCAAAAACAUUUUUAGUAAAUAAAUUAACAAAUUCACCAAAUUCAAAUAAAAUUGUUACCGAUGAGAAUCAUCCAAUUAUAGCUAGUUGUGCAGGGAUAGCUGCAACAACUGCUUCGGAUGCUUUAAUGACUCCAUUUGAUACAAUUAAACAAAGAAUGCAAGCAAAUGCUGCAGAAAAGAAUACUACAAGUUCAUUGAUUAAAUUUGCAACAAACAUAUAUAAAAAAGAAGGUUUAUCAGCAUUUUAUAUAUCAUAUCCAACUACACUAUUUACAAAUAUACCUUUUGCUGCUUUAAAUUUUGGUUUUUAUGAAUAUUGUUCAUUAAUGUUGAAUCCGUCUAAUAGUUAUAAUCCGUAUUUACAUUGUGUAAGUGGUGGUAUAGCUGGUGGUAUAGCUGCUGCAUUAACAACUCCUUUAGAUUGUAUAAAAACUGCAUUGCAAACAAAAGGUAUAACAAAAGAUCCAUCAUUAAGAAAUAUAACUGGUUUUAAAUCAGCUGCUCAAGCAUUAUAUAAACAAGGUAAAACAAAAGCUUUUCUUAGAGGUUUAAAACCAAGAAUAAUAUUUAAUGUACCUAGUACUGCAAUUUCAUGGACUGCUUAUGAAAUGUUUAAGGAGUUAUUAAUAAAGAAUUAA